UUUCACACCUAUCCAUAACGGUGGUCCAGCCACUGAAAAACUUUCAUUUUGUUAUCGGCAACUCUCUUGUAAUUUCAAAAUCACCCAUUAAUCGUUUUCAAUUUGCUCCACUACUUUAUCAACAAUUAUGUUUGUUGCUACCGGCAAUGAAUAUGAACCCUCCUCCGUGCAAUGGUCACAACUUUGCCGUCACUUCGAGUUUCACGAAAUUCUUUCAGCAACGAAAAACUUCGACGAAUCAUUAGUAAUUGGGCGUGGAGGUUUCGGGAAAGUUUACAAAGGUAACAUUAAAAAUGGAUCAACUGUUGUUGCUGCCGCCAUUAAACGAUUGGAUACUAUGUCGAAUCAAGGGGCAUCCGAGUUCUGGGCUGAAGUUGAGAUGCUUUCGAAGUUGCGUCACUGUCAUCUAGUGUCUUUGAUUGGUUACUGUAUGUUGGGUAUCGAGAUGAUUCUGGUCUAUGAGUAUAUGCCACGUGGAACACUUGCAGAUCAUCUCCACAAACUUGGUACCCCUCUUUCUUGGUGUCAGCGACUCAAGAUUUGCAUAGGUGCCGCUCGUGGGUUAGACUACCUCCAUACUGGUACCGGUAUAGAGUUUGGUGUCAUACACCGAGAUGUAAAGAGCUCAAAUAUUUUGUUAGAUGAAAGUUGGGCUGCUAAAGUUUCGGAUUUCGGGUUGUCUAUAGUAAGCCCAAAGAAUCAGGCAUCGACUUAUGUCAACACUCUUGUUAAAGGCACUUUUGGGUAUAUCGAUCCAAAUUAUUUCGCCACCGGAAAGUUGACAAGGAAGUCUGAUGUGUAUGCUUUUGGCGUGGUAUUGUUGGAAGUGAUAUGUCGGAAGAGGGCAGUUGAUAAUAGUCUUGAUUGCGGAAUAGCAACAUGGGCACAAGACUCUAUCAAAGCAGGUCGGUUGAAGGGUAUAGUGGAUUCUGAUAUAAGGCGUGAAAUAUCCACAAAAUGUUUGAAGCAAUUUGCUAAAAUAGCGGAAAGAUGUUUGGAUAAUUAUCCAAAGAACCGUCCUACGAUGGCUGAGGUUGUCCUUAGUCUAGAAUAUGUGCUGACCUUACAAGAGAAAACCUAUAAUUUGUCGCAAACUGCCAGCAAGACGAUAUUUGGCAGGAUGGUUGAUAAGUUUUCGUUCAGCGACAGUGGGCAGAACUCAGGUAUGGAUAUUGGAUCAUUCAUGUCCAAGAAGCCUUAUAUGAACUUAGGAUCCCUCACACCCAAGAGGUGGAAGCAACUUACGCCUAGAGAAAAAAUCUUCCAGAAAAAUGGCGCUCUAUUAUUGGAAGAUAAACUAAAAAGCGGUGUUGGUUCCAUAAAAAUUUUUCAAGCAGAAGAGCUAGAAAAAGCGACUAUGAAUUUUGCAGAAAGUAUGAUUAUCGAAAGAGGUGGUGGUACUGGCAUUGUGUACAAGGGAAUACUAUCAGAUAACCGUGUGGUAGCAAUCAAGAGGUCUAGAACAUUGGACGAAGAACAAGUGGAGCCAUUUAUGAAUGAAAUUCUAAUUCUGGGACAAAUUAAUCACAGGAACGUGGUGCAACUUUUGGGAUGUUGUUUGGAAACCGAGGUCCCAUUGCUUGUUUGUGAAUUUGUUUCUAGUUACAAUCUUUACCAUCACAUACAUCAUAAUACAAGCAGCACUGGAAGAUUUCCAUUGGAUAGCCGUUUAAGAAUAGCACAUGAAUCGGCCGGUGCACUUGCUUAUCUUCACUCAGAUGCGACGACGACGAUCAUACAUAGAGACGUGAAGUCAGCUAACAUUUUAUUGGAUGAAAAUUACACCGCAAAAGUUGCAGAUUUUGGUGCCUCAAAGUCACUCCCGUUGGGUCAUGACCAAGUGUUUACAGUAGUUUACGGGACGUUAGGUUACAUGGAUCCUGAAUAUAUGAUUACUGGUCAACUAACCGAUAAAAGUGAUGUGUAUAGCUUUGGAGUGGUUCUUGCAGAACUCCUGACAGGAUUAAAGCCAAUUGAUGAAGAAGAUAAAAAUCUUGCAACGGUUUUUGUGCAGGCAAAGAGGGAAAAUCGGUUGCGUGAGAUUGUUGAUCAUCAAGUUUUAGAGGAGGUGACUGAUGAGCAGCUAGACGCAGCAUGUAACCUUGUUUGUAGAUGCCUUGACAGAGAAGGUCAAACAGGCCUAGCAUGAAAGAAGUUACAAUAGAGCUUGAAAGAUUAAGGAAGCUUAAACUGUUUAAUGUCUAACAUGUAUAGUUUCAUGUUUCAAGUUUAAAUCUCUAUGAAUGUUAUGAUCAUGCAUGCAAGGGGCCAUAAGAAGACAAUGUAGAUUGGAUUCUGCCGUCACAACACUUCUGUUCCUUCAAAUUUGGAGGCUUUCUCAACUUCCCACCACCGCAUGACUUGUGUGAAGAGAACAAAGGUUGACGGUGCAUGGCAGCGGAAGUCAGUGAGCUUCGUUUGGUCUGAUAUUUGAGGAUAUGGUGAUGGAGGGGGGAGGUAACAGUAAAGUUGCUUCAAUUAAAUCAUUUUAUGCGAAGACUAUGAUCAGCAUAGUCGAAUGUGAAGUUUGUGCAAAAACAUUUCAUUGGUAGCACAAUUAGUCCAAAUUAAUGUGGGUAUAAAUGCAAACGCAGCACUACAAAGCACAAACUGAGAGAAACGAUGAUCAAUGAUGGAAGCGUGAAAGGUAAGUUGAAAGAUCAUUUGGAUAAUCUGUUCUUCAUCUGAAUGUAAAUAUAUUGAUGUAAAAACUCCAAAAUAUGUGUAGAAUUUGAAAAUUUUCUAGUGAAUUACGAUAGGAAAUUAUCUAUUGAAUCCAAGUAUUUGUAUGUAUAUAUAUAUAUUAUCAAGCUAAGGUUAUCAACGAAAUUUAUGAACAU